UUUAAAAAAGAAUACCUGUGUUGAACCGACUUCCGGUCGAGAGAGAAGGGGUGGCCGUCUCUAUCUAGCCCUCCUUAUAGAGUACUACAUUCAUUAUUGGGGUUUGGUAUAUUUCCGGUUUGCUUGUUUCGGUUUCUCUAUUGGCUGUGGGGGAAGACUGGGGAAAACCGGGCCGUCGAAAGGUGGGACGCGGCAGAUGAGCAUGCGCAGAGCAGGACGGUGCGCUACUCAGUCGCUCUCCGGCCGAGGGGGAUUCCUGCCCUCAAGCUAUCGAGCUGCCAGGAAGGAGGAGUUGCCGAAAAGAGAGCGCGCGAGCCUUUCGCGCGCCUGCGCUGUGGGUCCCCUUCGUUCUCUUCCCCCGCCCCUUCGCGAGUUCAUCUCCGAGGUGUGAAAAAAAAUAAAAACAAAGCUAUGAGGGACCGAACGCAAGAGCUGAGAGAGAAAGAUGAUGACUCAGACAAUGAAGAGGUUGAACGUGUGGCCCUUGUCACAUGGCCUGGAUCAGCAAAACACAAUGACUCCCCAGAUCCUACUGAUGAAUUCUUCGAAAUGACACAUGGCAUCCGUGAAGCCUUGAAGAAGCUGGGAAAUGAAGUGAAAGAACUAGAGAAAAAACAGACUACAGUCCUGGCUACACCAAUCCCUGAAGAAAGCAUGAAGCAAGACUUACAAAAGCUACGUGAGGAGAUCAAGGAGUUGGCAAAAGACAUUAGAGCCCGCCUGAAGAAAAUUGAGCCUAAGAAGGAGGAAGAAGAUGAGAACAGAAAUUCAUUCAACAACCGAAUGAAGAGAAAUCAGCAUGGGAUCCUCUCCCAGCAAUUCUUGGAUCUCAUCAACAAAUGCAACUCCAUACAGUCUGAGUAUCGAGACCGGAAUCUGGAGCGCAUCAAACGACAUCUACACAUUACUGGUAGUACGGUGGUGUCUGAUGAAGAGCUGGAUGACAUGCUGGAGAGCGGUCAGACAGAGGUGUUUAUCUCAAAUCUCAUGAAGGACACACAAGUGACAAAGCAGGCUCUGAAUGACAUUGAAACAAGGCACAGUGAAAUCCUUAAAUUGGAGCGCAGUAUCCAGGAGCUACAUGACAUGUUUAUGUUCCUGGCUACAGAAGUGGAGCUGCAGGGAGAAACGAUUGACAGGAUAGAGAAGAACAUUCUAGACUCUGGGGACUAUGUCAAGAAAGGACAGGAGCACCUUCAUACAGCUCAGGAGAAUCAGAAGAAAGCUCGCAAGAAGAAGGUCAUGAUUGGCAUCUGCUUGAGCGUCACAGCAAUCAUCAUCAUCAUCGCCAUCAUUCUGUCUAUUGCACUUUAGAAGGACUCCCACUUGUGUCUCCCUUCAUGCUGCGUGGUCAGAGCCUGAUGGUGUGUACAAGGAGAUGGAAACCCAAGGAUGCGGCUGGAUUAAACUUGGUUGGCCUAUUGAGCAGGCUUGAACAGAGACCUGGUAACCAGGUGCCUUGAGGUGCAUCCCUAAAAGUGCUUUAUAUGAACAAGGGAAAAUGGCAGUAGCCAUUUAACUUUUGAUGGGAGCCAAGGCACAUUUCUCCCAUGUGCUUUUGCUCCUGUUAUACAGUACAAGGAUGCAGCUCUUUUUGGCAUUUCACAGAGGUAGAGAGGCCUCCGUAGUGUCUCAUGUCUUCUAGAAGGAAUUGAAAACAUUGGGAAGGUUUAUUGUACAGGUUAAGCAAGAGGGAAGGCUAUGGGAUGGCUACCAUAUUAGAUAGAGCUUUUCAGUUGGGAUCAGAUUGAGAAUAGUGACUCUGGUGAGUUUUGGAUUUUUUUCCCUUUGUUUUUAGGAUUUCCACUUGGCUACAUCUCUAUCCUGGAACUGUUACCCCUUUUGUGGGGUGGCCUUUGCACUGACAGAUGGCUGGUGGAGAUCCUCCUGCCCCUCCAGUCCUGAAAGCACAUGCUGCCUGUUGCCUAGAAUCCUUCCCUCCAUUCAAAACUGUUUCCAGGUGCCUAUAACACUAGAUUAUAAGAAGGUCUCUGCUGUGUUGGUUUUGACCUUCCUGGUUUAUCUUUGUAACAUUUUCUUCAAUGGAUACUGUAACCUUGAUCUGUCCAUAUAGAAAUGGUGAUCAGUCACUUCCAUUACAGAAUCCUCGGUUUUUUGUUUACUCCUGUAAAGCUACAACAAAGCUUUGAGCGACCCUAAUUUUCCUUUCCUGAUCAUGGCACCUUUUUUUUCCUAGUCCUCUCCUAAGUACUGCUUCAGCACCUUCCUCAAUCUGCCGUAGUUCAUGCCAUGUCACUUUAUAAAAAGGCUCGUCCCCACACAAAAUAUUCUUAGUGUUCACUAGAGGGCAAAGGAAGAGAAGAAUAUUCUGCAAAGGUUGGGGCAGAUCUUGAUCCUUCACAUACUGUACUCAGCCAUGUAGGGGGAAGCUCUAGAGUCCAAAUCUGAGUAUUCUUUUCAUCCUGAGCUGGUUUACUGGGUUUUUCUCCUUUGUCUUAGAGACACAAGCCCAUUUUGACAGAGGAUGGCAGAUCAGGACAUCCUGGUUCACUCUUGGCUGAAAUAUUGGGGUUGCCAAGCUAUUUUCCAAUUGCCUUUAGAGCUUUUGUUGUGUCUUUUCCCCACCUAUGUGCCUUAGGAAUUGUACACCCAACUUUUUGUGAUUGCAGAUUACUUCCUUCUCUCCUUUGGAUCUUUUGGUCAUGUUUCUACAUUGAAUUGAUAAAUGCCCCAGUGCCAACCUAAAAAGGAUUGAGAGUGAGUUAUAUGAUCUUUGCCUUUGCUCCCUUAUGGAAUUUGCACAGAGAUCUGGAACCAGAUGGCCUGAAAUCAUGUUCAGAGGGCCAGAUUAAAUCAAGGUUCCAAAUGUUCUAGCAAGAAAUAACAGCCAAGUCAUCUGGUGUCUUUCUCCAUGCAAUUCUAGCUAAAUUAUGUUGGGAAAUCAUGAUACAAGUGGAAAUUAGGGCCUCCUGGUCUUGUUCCUAAAAUUCCAAUACUUUUGUAUUUUGAAAAAAAAAAAGGGUUAC